AUGAAGCACACAAUAUACAGAUGUACAGCUUGCUCGCGUCAACGACUUCCCCUCCCUCUCCGACGAGCACUUUCAACCGUCAUCACCCCGAAUCCUCCCUCGAACCCGAACAAAGUUUCGCUCCAUGACUUAACUCCUGCAGAUAUCUCCUACUACUGGGAUACUCGAGUACCAAAUGAAACUGAUUUAACCUACGCCGACAAAUUCUUCGCACCCUCUCGCCACUCCCCGAUCAAAAUAUGGUCCGCUAGCAAAUUCCGUACCACUCCUAUGUCAUCAGUGGAGCCUGAAGUUGCCUUCCUUGGUCGCUCGAAUGUCGGAAAGAGCUCGUUAUUGAACGCAAUCAUGGGCAAGGAGAUAUGUUGGACGUCUUCAAAACCGGGGAGAACGAGAGAGAUGAAUGCGUUCGGUAUCGGAGGUACGAAAGGCGGCGAGUCGAAAAUUGUUCUGCUUGAUAUGCCGGGGUAUGGAAAGGCGAGUAGGACUGAAUGGGGUGUUGAGAUCAUGAAGUAUCUUCAGGGACGGAGGCAACUUCGACGGGCUUUUCUCCUUAUAGAUAGCUUACAUGGUCUCAAGAAGACAGACGAGGAUAUCCUCAUGCUUUUCCGGAAAUAUGCCAUUCCGCACCAGGUCAUCAUGUCAAAAGUGGAUAAAAUUCUGGCCAAGAAGAAGAGCCAAGUCAAGAGCGGAGCAUCAGCGGCAAAAGUCGCUACACUACAGAACUUGUUGCAAAGUUAUAGACCAACUCUUCAACCCGUUGGUCGGUUAGAAGGGCCUGGUGCCCUAGGUGAGAUCCUGACAUGCAGUGCAGAGACGCCCAUCGGCCACGGCAAGUCAUUAGGAAUUAGCGCAAUCCGCUGGGCUAUCUUGUCGGCUGCUGGAUUUGACGGGAAUCUGAGAGCGCAACCCGUACCCACCGGGUCGCAAGUUGCUAACAUCUCUACCGCUGCAUCUUGA